AUGGACCAAAGUUCAGAGCCCCGCGAUGGAGACGCUCAAUCCGUUUUUAGCACAUACGAUGGUCCGGUGACACAAAUCAGGAUGGUGCCGCCGUCCUCGUCUGGGGGUGGCUCAUCAUCGAGACGCCUGCACUCUCGCUCAACAGGCCAGAGAACCAACCAUGGGGACGACUCACAGCUAGACCCGCCGCCGUCGCGGAGGGGCAGGAAGGGCAUGACAAUACACUGGCCCUUCCAGAGCAUCGCCACGGACAACAUGUCGAUCUUCACAGCUAACGCCCCGGAGCUGUUCCGGCGCGCGACCGUGCAGGUGCCCAAGAUCGGCAGCGACGGCUCCCACAGCAGCCUGCGCGACAGCACGCUGAUCCCAGACUAUGUCGUCAAUUACAUCCGCGGCGAGACCCCCGAGACGGUCGCCCGGCGCAAGCGCAACGGCGGCAACCAGGGCAAGCGCACCGUCGACAUCACCCACCAGCACCGCCCACAGCUGUCGCACAUGGUGCUGCUCGAGGGCGUGCAGGAGGGCCGCGAACAGAGGUUGCGGACCGCAAUGUCGCAGACCACCCAAUCGUCCACCAUGACCGAGCUGCAGAUGAUCCUGCCCUCGACCAACGAGAAGCCCAGGAAGAGGAGGAGGCUGAUGACCGGGUGGAGGCUGGGCGUUGUCCUCAACGCCCUCCUGGCCUUCGUCAUCUUUGUCAUAGGGUUCGUGUGCUUGGUAUACGCAGGAACCGAGAUUGCCAUACUGGUUGGAGAUAUGGAUCUCUUCACGGGAUCGUGUGAGGACGUGACAUCGCUUGACUGGCGCCUGCACGCGCUGAUCAACGUUCUGGUGGUGAUUUUAAUCGUGGGCGCCAACUACGUCUUCCAGGUCUUGAGCAGCCCAACUCGGUCGGACAUAGCUGGAGCGCAUGAGGGAAAGAAGUGGUUGGAGAUUGGCGUCCCGUCGUUGCGGAACUUCAGACACAUCGGGAAGGGGAGGGUCCUCCUGGCCAGCAUCCUUUUGACCGUGGCUGUUGUGACCCAAGUAAUAUAUAAUUCCGUAAUAUUCACCACUCAAGCCGGCAUGAGCUACAAUCUCAUCGCCGUCACCGAGUCCUUCCUCACCGGCUCGACAUUUAGCAAUGGCACCGACAACAAUGCCGGCGGUCUUAGCCGCAACGAACUCCUCGAGCUCCAGAAUCUCGCCGGCCGGAACGACCUCACAAAUCUCACCACCAGUGAGUGUGUCGACCUGUUCAGCGGGGUCUUUAACACCGACUUCCAAAACGUCCUCUUGGUAGUCAACAGCCCGAAUUCGGGCAACUCCCUCGUUGAGACCGCGCAAGCUGGCAUCAACCUCCAGUCGGGCAACAACAUGUCGACCACCAUCUCCAAUGCAGAGAUCUUUUUCGAUGGAGCCCUCGUUCAGUUCUGCCUCGCACAGAGAAGCGAGACGUCAGAAGAGACAUGCACACUGCAGCUCAACGGCAUCCUCCUGGUCAUCGUAGUCGGACUGAACCUCGUCACCCUCAUCCUCACCGCCGCAAUCCUGAUCAUGCGCCGCUUCGAGCCGCUCGUCACGCUCGGCGACGCCAUCUCGUCCUUCCUCCGGGACCCGGACCCGUCGACCCGCAAGAACUGCCUCCUGUCCAAGAAGAACCUCCGCACCGGCAUGGGCGGCUGGGGUUUCACGGAUGGGAAGUACUGGGCGCCGGAGCGGGACCACUUCUGGUUCCGGUCGCCGUCGCUGUCGAACUGGCUGGGCGCCGCCUGCUGGUGGGUCGCGAGCGUCAUAUUCGCCGCGGGCACCCUCGCGCUCACCGUCGCCUCCCAGCCGUCCUCGCACCCGCUGUCGCCCUUCGGUGUCGCGAGCCCCCACACAACAUACCUCAUCUCCGCCUCGGCGACGGCGUCCGUCCCCGCGGGCACCCUCGCCAUCGUCACCGCCCUGCCGCAGAUCCUGCUCGCGGGCCUGUACUUCGCCACCAACGCCCUCCUGACCGCCUACUUCUUCUCGCGCGAGAGCAGCCUCCACGCCAUCCUGGGCAACCAGACCCGCCGCGCCCUGCGCGUCUCGUCCGACCCGGAGGGCCACCAGACCACGAGCCUGUACAUGACGCUGCCGCGGCCGGUGAGCUGGGCGCUGGCCGUCUUCUUCGCGGCGAUGGGCUUCGUGCUGAGCCAGGCGUGCUUCGUGGUGUCGCUGACGGCGAGCAGCGCGGGCGCGGACCCCGUUUCGGACCCGGACGCCUCGCCGCAGCACCUGCUGGGCGUGGGCUUCAGCGGCGUGGCGCUGGCGGUCCUGCUGGCGAUGCUGGUGGUGCUCCUGGUGGCCUUCGCGGCGCCGGGCUUCCUGCGCGCCCCGGCCGUCGUCAUGGCCGACGGCCGCACCGUCGGCAACCCGCUCGUCUUCGAGGGCGGCUCCUGCAGCGCCGUCCUCAGCGCCCGCUGCCACCGCGUCCCCCACGAGGCCGACGUCUACCGCCAGCCCGUCAGCUGGGGCGUCGUCCCCGAGACGCCCGGCGCCAGCGUCAGCCACGCGACGUACUCGGCGAGACCGCUGGGCGAGCUGGAUGCUACUAGGCGGUACGCGUGA